AUGGCUACUUCGACCGGCAGCGACUCGAAUGGCAUAUCCAUACAACAGCCAAAACCGCGCCAUCCGAACUCACAACCCUUCCGUCCAUACCAUGAAGAUGGUGCUACCGCCUCCUCACCCUCUCCGUCCAGUGCUCCAAGUACGCCAGGCCCGGGUACUCCUACCAACGCUCCACCCUCGGUCAAAGCAACCUCGUCAGCUCGUAAACAAGUUCGCGCAGAGCANAAGAGAGCCUUCCCUAGGAUUCAGUAUGCCGCCCGUGUCAGUCACUUCGACCCACGCUCCGAGUACUCCAACUUCAGAGGCUUCUUCGUCCUCUUUUGGAUAGCCUUGACCAUCAUGGUUCUUACCACCAUGUUGCGCAAUAUGAAAGAGACGGGAUACCCUCUGAGCAUGCGCCAAUGGGGCUUGUUUACAAAGAACAUCUACGAGAUGGCCAUAGUGGACUUGAUUAUGGUCGCUAGCACUGGCAUAAGCUUGCCCUUGAACAAGCUGUUCAAGAAUAGCAAGGGCGCGCUACUGUGGAAGCAUCAAGGCAUGAACAUACAGAUCGUCUUCCAGGCCUUCUGGUUGUUGCUAUGGGUCACUUGGCCUUUUCUGCGCGACUGGACAUGGACCGCCCAAGUCUUCUUCACUCUGCACCUUCUCGUCAUGUUUAUGAAGAUGCACUCGUACGCCUUCUACAAUGGUCAUCUGGCCAACACACUACAACGUCUGUCUGCACUCGACAACCCUGCUUCGAAUGCCUCGACUGCUGCUGCUGUCAAGUACCCCUCGUCGCAAACUCCAAUUGAUGAUAUCAACGACGAAUUAAAGGAGGAAGAGAACUCACAGGCGGAUUCUCUAACACAGUUGCGUGAAGACUUGGCCAUGGAACUGGUUUCUCCAUUCGGUCGUCUUACAUACCCUCAGAACCUGACAGUUGCUAACUAUUUUGAUUUCUUACUCUGUCCGACACUAUGCUACGAACUCGAGUACCCUCGUACGGCCUCGCGUUCUUAUCUCGAGAUCUUUUGGAAGACUCUAGCGGUUGGUGGCAUCAUAUUCUUGCUUACCAUCACCUCCGAGGAGUUCAUCAUUCCUGUUCUGGAUGAGUCUGCUGAGCGAUUGGAACAUCAGCACAACUGGCAGGAGGGCAGUCUGGUCUUCGCAGAGACGGUCAGCAGAUUGCUCUUCCCAUUUAUGGUUGCAUUCUUGCUAGUCUUCUUGGUCAUCUUCGAAUAUCUGCUCGGUGCCUUUGCAGAGAUCACUUGUAAGUCUAGAGCUUUCUACUGCAGUGGCAUGCAGCGUUUCCUAACACUUCCUAGGNNUUUUGCCGACCGUCAAUUCUAUUCGGACUGGUGGAACAGUCUCGACUGGCUCGAGUUCUCGCGCGAGUGGAACAUUCCCGUCCACCAUUUCUUCCGUCGCCACGUUUACUCGGCAUCUCGCAAUACCAUGUCCCGUCCCGUGGCCACUUUCAUAACCUUCUUGGUCUCUAGUAUAGCACACGAGCUCGUCAUGGGUUGCAUUACCCGCAAGUUCCGUGGAUAUGGCUUUAUUGCCAUGAUGCUGCAAAUGCCGAUAGUUUUGGUGCAGCGUAGCCGGUGGAUCCGUAACAGAAAAAUACUCAACAAUACGCUCUUCUGGUGUUCGAUGAUACUUGGCUUGAGCAUGAUGUGCGCGUUGUAUGUUUUGUUGUAG